AUGCGUCCACACACUGCAACUCAUUGGAAUUCUCUCGGUUCUCUUCACAUGCUAUCACUCCCUUGUGCAUCAAUUUUGCUAAUAGUAACCAUUUGGUCGCCUUUGACUUUGAAGCAGGCACGACCAAGAAAGAUAAUGUUGGAUAAUCUUAAAUUUCUAGAGAUAUUCGAGAUAUCCGAGAUAUUCGAGAUAUCCAAGAUAUCCGGGAGUGGCGAGAUGGUAGGAUCAAAUUGCAGGCUACUAGGUGACAUAUACCUGAAUAACGAUGGAACAAUCUCAGGGGUUAUACCGGACCCUCAAGGGUUUUUGGUGCACUAUCCUGCUUAUCCAUCAUCCAUCUCUCGAGCUGUUGACACUCUUGGGGGAAUUCAAGGUAUUCUUAAGGCUCGUAAUUCACAACCAAACAAGUUAGAGCUUCGAUUUCGCCCUGAAGACCCAUAUUCGCAUCCUGCAUUUGGGGAGCUUCGUCCCACCAACAAUUUGCUUCUCAAAAUAUCCAAGAGAAAACCACCAAAUGCUCAUGAUGCCGAAGCUUGUAGCAGCUCUGGAGUGAAAAAUAGGGAGCAAGAAAAUCAACCAGAAAGUGUACGUGGCCAAGAGGGAAGUCUUUGUGCUGAUAUUGUUGCUCGUGUUCCUGAGGCUUAUUUUUUUGAUGGAAUGGCGGACUACCAACAUGUGAUUCCUGUUCAUGCUGAUGUUGCUCGGAGGAAGAAGCGAAACUGGUCAGAGCUCGAAGAACCACAUUUUGAUAAGGGUGGUUUCAUUGAUCUGGAUCAUGAGGAUGUUAUGAUUAUAGUGCCUCCAAUUUUUGCUCCAAAAGAUAUGCCAGAAAAUUUAGUCUUGAGACCAUCUACCAUGCCGAGUUCAAAAAAGAAACCAGAGGAAAUUGUACAACACCCUUUUGAGCUGCAAACGAGUGGUGCAGGUGGUGAUGUUGGCAUUGUAGUGUUACCUAGGACAAGUCAAAGAGCUAUUUCAUAGCCAGCCUCUGUGGGU